AGUAAACAGAUAAGAGCAUGACACCCUUGCCCACCUUUGUCUCCACAUAAUACCAUCAUUGUCCCUCUCUCUUCUCCCUCUCACUCUUAACUCUACCUCUCUUGGUAAUUCUGUAAAGGAUUGGGGUAUUUUGGGCAUUAUGUAGUCAGCUUUUUUGCAUUAGUCUGGUAACUGUGCCACUACAAUUCAUGCCCUCUGUCACUUCUCUCUCUAGUUUCUCUCUCUUCUUUCUCUCAGUAAUCUGAGAGAUGGGUUUGAACAAGUGUUGGGUCUCUCUGGCUUUUGUAGUUUUUGCAAUUCCUUCAUUUAUACAGUGUGGAGACAUCGUUCAUGAUGAUGAAGAUGCCCCAAAGCAACCUGGUUGCGAGAACAAAUUUGUUCUGGUAAAAGUGCAAACUUGGGUAAAUAAUAAGACAGGUAAUGAGUUCGUAGGUGUUAGCGCGAGGUUUGGCACCCCUAUGGAAUCUAAGGAGAAACAUGCCAACCAAACUCAUCUUUCCUUAUCAGACCCCCGUGAUAGCUGUAGCACACCCAAGAAUAAGCUUACUGGAGAUGCUGUCUUGGUACAUCGUGGUAAUUGCACAUUUACAAUGAAGGCAAAAGUUGCACAAGCUGCUGGUGCUGCAGCUAUUCUUGUUGUGAACGAUAAGGAAGAACUUUACAAGAUGGUUUGUCAGGACAAUGAAACAAAUUUGCACAUAAGUAUUCCUGCUGUCAUGCUGCCAAGCAAGGCAGGUUUAAGCUUGGAAAAGAGUUUAAGUUCUGGUGCAUCAGUGACUGUACAGCUGUACUCUCCAGAUCGUCCUGUGGUGGAUACUGCAGAGGUUUUUCUUUGGCUUAUGGCUGUGGGAACUAUAUUAUGUGCAUCUUAUUGGUCUGGAUGGAGUGCCAAGGAAGCAGCUAUUGAGCAUGAUAAGCUCUUAAAGGAUGCUCCUGAAAGUCUCCAUGACAUGGAUACUGCUGGUCCUAGUGGUGUAGUUGACAUCAACACAACAUCAGCAAUCUUAUUUGUUGUGAUAGCAUCAUGCUUCCUCAUCCUACUUUACAAGCUCAUGUCAUCAUGGUUCUUGGAGCUUCUGGUGAUUCUCUUUUGCAUCGGUGGAGUUGAGGGCCUGCAAACUUGCUUGGUGGCUUUGUUGUCAAGGUGGUUUAAGCGAGCUGGACAUUCAUACAUAAAAGUGCCCUUCUUUGGAGCAAUUUCAUACCUUACAUUGGCCAUUUCUCCAUUCUGCAUAGCCUUUGCUGUAAUAUGGGCAGUUUAUCGGCGUAUCUCCUUUGCUUGGAUAGGCCAGGACAUACUUGGUAUUGCACUGAUCACUACGGUUCUUCAGAUUGUCCGCAUACCUAACCUCAAGGUGGCUACUGUGCUACUCAGUUGUGCCUUCCUAUAUGAUAUAUUUUGGGUGUUUGUGUCCCCCAGGUGGUUUCAUGAAAGUGUUAUGAUUGUGGUUGCUCGUGGGGACAAGAGUGGAGAAGAUGGCAUACCCAUGCUACUGAAAAUUCCACGUAUGUUUGAUCCAUGGGGUGGUUUCAGCAUCAUUGGAUUUGGUGACAUCCUUUUACCAGGACUGCUCAUAGCCUUUACACUGAGGUAUGAUUGGGCAGCUAAGAAAAAUCUGCGAGCUGGGUACUUCUUGUGGUCAAUGAUUGCUUAUGGUUUUGGCCUUCUUGUUACCUAUAUCGCUUUGAAUUUAAUGGAUGGAAAUGGGCAGCCCGCACUUCUCUACAUUGUUCCUUUCACGCUCGGUACUGUUUUAAGUCUGGGUAGAAAGAGGGGUGAGCUGCAAAAUCUAUGGACCAAAGGAGAACCAGAUAGGGUGUGCCCACAUAUCCAACCCAACUGAGAGGCUAAAGAAAUGGAAGAUCUCUUUUUUCUCUCUUUUAUUGGAGAAUCCACGCCUUGUAAUAUCUUGUAAUAUCGUGUAGUUCUCAUGGCAGAUUAGUCAGUUAUAGGAUCAUCAAGCUAAAAGUAAAGAAUUGCUUCAUGGUGCUUCAAAGUUUGAUCUAUAAUAUUCAUAAUAUUUGCUUGUCAAAUAUGGAAGAAGCUCUUCUUUGUACAGCUAUGUUACUGAAACCUCGCCGGGAUCGUCAAAGGUGUCGAUCUGGUUGGGAGUUCAAACUUUAUUCAACACUUUUGAAAAAUAACCAUUUCAUGUUAGCGAA